GAGAAACGAAAAAGUCUUUCAUGUCGCUCUUUUGAAUGGACGCAAAUUCUGCUCUCUUCUCUCACCACGAGGCAGGAGCUGUUUCCUUCGUUUACUUCUUCCUCCCCGCCCGGAGACCAGAAGAUGCGAUUUUCUUCUUCCAGAAUCUGGCACACUUCAUUUAGAAGCCUUCUGCGCGUCUAUUUUUUUUCCUCUCCUUCUUUUCUUUCUUCCCUUCACUAGAGACAGGCAACUGUAAUCAGAAGACGAGUAAAGAACAAACACCCUUUCUCCUUUGCGUUCUCGGCGGUUGUUCUUCCUCGUCCGCUUCGUCAUUUUUUUCACCUUCGACGUCGAUCCUUCUGUUUUUUGCUCUGCGCUCAUCCUUCUCUCUCUCGUUUCCUGUUUCUGUUUCUCUCUCGCCCCCGUCCUCUCCUCGUCUCCUCCCCUCCGUGGUUGUUUGUUCGUUUCCUCUCGGACCCUCUGUCGCCUCCCGCUGUUUCUUCUUCCCCUUCUCCUCUCCCCUCGACAAGAUGGUGUACACGUUCACUUGUAGCGAUCCUCGCUAUGAGAUCUACAUGGGCAGAGACAAAUUCGAAAACGAGGAGUUGAUCGCCCACGGCUGGCCAGAAGAUGUAUGGUUUCAUGUCGACAAGCUUUCCUCUGCUCACGUCUACCUCCGCAUGCCGCUCCCGGAACGGCCUCUCCCAGACGACAAACAGGACCCCGAUUUGAAAUCCAUUCCUCAAAAGGUCCUCGAUGAAGUUGCUCAAUUGACGAAAGCGAAUUCCAUUGAAGGAUGCAAGCAGCCUCAUGUUGACAUUGUGUAUACGCCGUGGUCGAAUCUUCGCAAGUCUGCGCACAUGGACAUCGGGCAAGUCGGCUUCAAAGACGAGAAGCGUGUGCGCUACAUCAAAAACGUCGCCAGAGACCGCGAGCUCCUCAAGGCCCUCGAAAAAACUCAACAGGAACCUAAGGUCGACCUCAAAGCUGCAAGGGAGCAGCGCGAUCGAGAACAACUGCGCAAACGAAAGGAGGAAAUGCGCAAGAGGCGACAGGCGGAAGAGGAGGAGGCGAAGCGAAAGGAGGAGGAGAGGCAGCUGCGAUGUUACGCGUCGCUGCAGGCUGUGGAACCGGAAUUCACAGAUAAAGGCGACGGAACGAUUGAGAGUUGCCGAGCGAUUGAAGAAGACUUUCUCUGAGUUUCCUGUCCGUCUUACUCCUUACCCUACACCUGUGUUCUGUCGCACAAAAUGGCAGGCUCGGCGUUUCUUCGUCGAUGCAAAGCGAUUGCGCGCGUCUGAAAAACUUGCGUUUCUCGCUCGAUUCUCAAAUCGUUGUUUCGCUC